AUGAAUGAAGAACAAAAGGGUGCUCUUCUUGAGAUCGAUUACAGUUCAGAGGAAUCGAGAAAGAAUCUACGGGAAAGUGCAAAGAAUUCCGAUCAAUUCUUUGGUUUAAUCGAGAUGUCGUUGAGUGUGAAAAAAGCAAAGAAGCAGCAUUAUGCAUGUAUUCGAUUUGAUUGGAACGAUGAAAAAAACGAAUGCAUUCCAUCAUUUUUCUCUCAUCGACUACUCCAAGGAAGGGAUCAAUUGAAUGAAAGAAUGCAAGAACCAAUCGAAACUAAUGGAACUCUAGAUUUUGUGCAAGGAGUUCCUUUAUUCGAUCAAGAAUUAGCGGACAUUCGAUUCUUCAAUGACAGCUCAACAAUUUUGGAUUUCUCAAUUCCUUGGUGUGAUCCGAUCAAUAAAGGAAUACAUUAUAUUUACCCAGGAUGGAAAGAAUCGAGAAGUAGUCCGUCUAAGUACGCUUUCUCCAUUGCACCUAAACAAUGGGCUCGUCUAAAGAUCACCUUCCAGUUGCCAAGAACAAAAGAAUGUUUGCGAGAAAUGGCUGAAAACAAUGAAUAUGUCUGGAUUGUUAUUUAUUUAAAAGGAGAAGGAUAUUACAAAAAGAUCGAAAGACGCUUCAAUUUCACACUUCAUUGGAAUGCAGAGAAUCAAAAAUGGAUGGGCAAACUUUCCAGUUUGACUCCGCGAACUCUCCCAACCCGAAAAGAAAACGCUGAGGUGGAGAAGAAAAAACAGAAACCAUAUAUUGUCAAUCUGUAU